AUGCCGCCAUCAAACAAACGCGGGCGCAUCGAACGUGUCGAACGCAACGCCGCUUUCCUUCGACACAUCGAACCAAAUUUCAAGGCAAACGAACUUGAGCUUCUCGAUGAUCUUUUCGAUGACGCUACCUUGCCUUCUGCUGCAAGCAGUAAAAAAAUGACCGAGCGCUGGCGAAUCCGCCUCGAAGAUCUACUGCACAAAGCCGGGGAAAACAUGGGAUUGGCUCAAGAACUUGUUGCCAAAGUUGUCAAAGAACGCACAGGCAACAGCACAUACGAAGUGAUUCCCGAUGACCUCUACAAUGUCCACGAUCAAUUUUCGUAUGCUGAGGGAAAGAGAGACACGCUUGAUAAUUUAGAAGGUGUCCCUGAAGUGCAGGACUGGGCCGCUCGAAUGCAUGCAGACGCUGUCGAAGAGCCAGAGGAUGAUGAUUCCAAUCCCUGUGACGGAGGUUCCGAUUCCAUAUCAGAUGUGGAGUCUGCGGGGGAGACAGGUCCAGCGCAGGCGUCUGACCAGGAUGUGGGAGGCCCAGGACAUGCUGGGCAGCGCAAUGAUGUGGCUGAUGGUGAGGAUGACCAGAUGCAGACGACGCUCAGCCACUUCAGCAACACUUCGCAUCCGCUAAGCUCACCCUCCAGCUACGCGAGUCCUCAGUCCAAGCCGGGACGGCAGGCAUAUGAGCCUGGUACACCGUCUGUGGCACGCAUAUGGAGCCCGACUGCUCCGGGCGGUUACGAAGAUGUUGCUAUAGAAGCGCACCACGAAGGUGGGACCACUACAUUCUGGGCGAAGAUGUCACCGAUAGGUAUCCUUCACAGGCAGAUCGCUUCAACAAGCACCACGUCUGAUCGCCACCGCAAUCUUGGAAAACGCAAGCGAUGAAUGGGGCGACUAGCACAUACUGGCUUCAGAGUCUAUUCGUUGGAAAGGAGGAUGAGACAAAAUACACCAAGGGGG